UACGAUAAAAGAGUGUCAUAAUGUGUUCAUGUUUAACCUAUCUCAUAAUCUUGUAAGCCGAUACAAUGGCAAGUGAAAAAUAUUUCAAUGGAGCGAAAACCAAACAUUUCGCUAAACUUCAUGAGAGAAUACAAAACAAAUAUAAUGAAAUGCAGAAAAAACUUGAGAAGUCUAAGUCGGUUGACUCUUUGACAAUACUCAGUGAUGAUCAUUUAUAUCAAGAAAAUCUUAAAUAUGCAAGUACCAAUGAUCUUAGUGUUAAGGAUGUCUUUAAUGAGAAUGAAAGUAGAAAUUAUCCUUUAAUGCACUCGGUUAUAGUCGAAGAUAUUAAUAAACGUGAAAUAAUAUACACCGAUAUUAACUACGAAGAAGUAAGUGUUCCUGAGUAUGAAUUAAAUGUAUCUGAAGUGCAUAAAUCAGCGACUUCAGAAAAUAAUGAAUAUGACCAUUUUUCAUUUAAUGAUUGGACAGUAGUAAGUAAUGAAUCAUUAAACGAGCCAGAAAAGAAGUGGGAUGAAAGUUCAUGCUCACCGCCACCAACACCUAAGAUAUCUAUAAGGGAUAAAAUUGGUUCGCGAAUAUCAGCUGUAAGAGAAAAACGCCGCGAGAGUAAGGAGAAGAAUUUGAAGAAUAAGAAAAAGGAAACGCCUGAUACCGGGAUAAAAGUGGAUAAGGUUGAAAAGUUAAUUUUCAGUUCCUCCACAAAGUCGGAUCUCCGGCUAAAAGACAAGAGGUUUAAGUUGGGCACAGUCACAAUUGCUCUCAUUGAAGUCACAGGAUUGGAUGCUGAUACAAACGAAGAAAAGCAAAGGAACUUGCAAUGCCGUUUCAAAUUGGGUUUAGAAAAGUGUAAGUCGAAGGUUAUUAAAAAUGUAGUAUCAUCGAGCGCAAAGUGGCAAGAAAUUUUCAACCUGAACAUAUAUGACGAAAAUAGCAAUCUGCUUGAACUGUCUCUGUGUGACACGGAAAGAAAAGAUAUAACUAUUGGCAAACACACUAUAGAUUUAUUAGAGCUACAAAAGGAAAAAACUCAUGCCAUGAAAAUACCCAUAGACGGUUCUAUGCCAAACGCUGAAAUAUUUUUACUGCUCACUAUUACAGGAAGUUCAUAUGACGAUCUUCUUGUAGACAUCGAUAAUUAUAACGAAACUCGAAAUAGAGCGGCAUCAGAAAGAAGAAAUUUUGUAUUUUAUAAUCUAAAUGAUUUCAAUAAAGUUGGUCGUCUGUCCGUCAUAGUUUACGGAGCCCAGGGUUUGGCAGCUUCAGACUGCUACUGCUCAUUAAAAUUGAUCAACGAAACAAGACAUACGCACACGGAAUACAAAACUAAUGAUCCUAAUUGGAUGAAAUUAUUUACUUUUGACGUUUCAGAUAUAACAUCAGUGCUGGAAGUGUUUGUUAAAGAUGAAAGAAAAGAUGAUAAUGUUGGCCGAGUAGUCAUCCCUUUACUCAAUAUAAAUAAUGGUGCUAAAGUUUGGUAUCCACUUAAAGAUGAUACAUUGAGAGAACGAGCCAAAGGAAAUAAUCCUAAAAUUCUUUUAGAAAUGAUAAUUUCUUGGAAUAUAGUUAAAGCUUCUGCCCGCGUGAUAAAACCUAAAGAAAUUGAUUUCCUAGAAACUGAAAUGAAAUUUGACAGGAAAUUAUUUUUCAAACAUAUAGCCAGGGCGAAAGUUGUGGUUUUAUGGACAAUGAACUUUUUAAAGCAACUUAAAGCGUGCUUUGAAUGGGAAUCUAGGAAAUGGAACAGCAUUGGACUGAUAGUUUGGUUGUUGUUCAUUUGGUUCUUUAGCCCAUGGAUGGUGCCUUUACUAUUUUUGAUACCAUUCGUUUGGUACAGACCGCCGAGAUACUUUAUUGUUAACUGGAAGUCUUACCUUAUCCAUGGUAAAUCAGAAACAGAAGAAGUAUUAGACAAGGAGGGAAGAACAACGUUUAGACAAAAAAUAAAUAAUUUACAAGAGUUAAUCUACACCGUUCAGAAUUUUAUAGGCAAACUUGCUUCAUUUGGAGAACGUGUUAAAAACUUGUGUAACUUCACAGUACCUUAUUUGAGUUUGUUAUCCAUAUUUUUUCUAAUUGCCAUAUCAACCUUUGUAUACAUAAUUCCGGUCAGAUAUAUUUUAAUGGGAUGGGCUAUCAAAAAGUAUGUAAGGAAGAUUAUCAAACCAGACAGAGUGCCUCACAGUGAAGUGAUGGAUUUGAUCUCCCGAGUGCCAGACGAUGAGGAUUUGAAUGAUCAUGAAAUACUGGCAAUGGAGGCGACCGACAAAGAUCGAAAGGAGCACAUAGUACAGAAUUGAUCACUUUUUUAUUAGAUAUACAUAAGUAUUUAGUUUUUUACUGUAAAUUAGAAUUAGCUUGUAGUUAUUAUCGUGAUCUGAAACACUUAAGUAAGCAGCUUUAUAUACCUACAUUAGUUUCUAAGCAAUUAUUCUUUUAAAAUAUAAAUAAAACAUAUUUAAGGCAAAAUUACACAUAUUAAGCUAGCCCCAAAGUUAGUUUGAUACAUGUGUUACUUAAACUUUAUUGUACAUAGUCGACUUAUUCAUCUAUCUGUGUACUAAAUCUCAUGAAAAUUUGUUCAUGCUUACGGUUUAUGAAAAUUUGUUCAUGCUUACGUACGUAAGUUAUCGUUUGUAUAAAUCUAGUAGAAAUAUUUUUUUUGUACUUAUAUGUAUGUGCUAAGUAGUUUGAUGUAUGUCGUGUAAACACAUAUAAUGACUUAAUCUGAAGUAAAUUAGCUCAUAUUUUACUGAUUCGUUCUAACAAAGUAUUUUUCCUGUUUUAAGAAUGAUGAAGAGAUUUUCGAAAAUUAUUUCCUCAGAGAAGUGGAAAGUGAAAAGCAAAUAAACUGAUGAAUUCAGAUUGUGAACAAUAUCUGAAAUAAACGGUGCUGUUAAUGUUAAA